AUACAAAUGAUUGUCUUCCUCACUUCAACUAUCACACUUCAACUUCUGGGUAACCUAGAGCUGGUGCUUAAAGUCAGAACACAGAGUCCUGGAGAGAAUGACUUCAUUGAAAUUGAACUGGACAGACAAAAACUGACUUAUCAAGAUCUAUUACAAGUAAGCUGUCGGGAAUUAGGAAUUAACCUGGAGCAAGUGGUGAAGAUUAGAAAGCUGCCCAACACACUGCUCAGAAAGGACAAAGAUAUUUCAAGACUACAAGAAUUUCAAGAACUAGAGCUAAUUCUAGUGAAACAUGGUGUGACAAAAUCUACAUCAUCACUGAUAGAAAAACCCUGCUACAAUCACAGUGCUGCGAAAAUGACUUACUAAACCAAAUGUAAGAACUCAAGAAAAAAUCUUAACACUGGCUAUGGAUCAAGGAUCUAAUUCCACUUUCAGCUCCAACUUGUGUU